AUGGAUGCUGUUACCACAAGCGGUACAAACAACCUCCCCCAGGACGCCCCAUCCGUUACUACAUCAGAAUUGGAUGCUCUCCGUGUGGCUAUUAUCCGGGAACAAUUGGUGAAGACAGGCCUCAAUGCACAAGCGGUUGGGGACAUGCUACAACAGCGACUGGCCCCUACUGGUACCAACUUGGGAUAUCGCAAGAAUCAAUUACGCUUCCUGGAAUGGGCUAUGCAGCACAACGUUCCCUUUACGACAUUUACACCGGCACAACUAGUCAACUUCUUGGCUGACAUGAGAACUCGUCAUAAUCUACAAGCCUCGGCACUCAAAACGCUACGAGCGGCAGUAUCUCAUCUUCAUGAGGGCCGUAACGGUAUUCGAGAAUGUAAUAUUAUUAACAACUACAUCAUAGAUUCCAUGAUGAGAGAGGCAUCUCCUGUCAACAUCCAUCGGCCCACUAUUGACAUUACUCCAGCAGUUGCCUUCGAUCAAUCUAUCCCUUCUCGAACGACCACUUCCAUCAAACGGUUACAACAGAAAUUGGCGUUCCUUCUAACAAUGGCAGCUUUCCUACGUCCUUCGAAUUUGGCUCGUAUUCCUUUUGCAUCAUGUUCCAUUACGGAUACUGGUUGCCUCUCUUUCCACGCCGUCGCUCCCAAAGAAACUAGAGGUAAACGACGCAUCAUCAAGCCCUUUACGGUCCAUCCUCAUGCAUCCGAUAUCGAACUGUGUCCGGUACAAUGUUUCAAGGCUCUUCGAGACCAUCCUGGUCUGGCCUCUCGCCCUUCUGGUUCACAGCUCUUUGUUAAGUCCCAUCUCAUUAAUCAACCUCUCUCGUCAUCAGCCAUCCCGUCAUGGUUGCAUAGAGAGUUCAUUCAACUUUGCACGUCUGAAUCAAAUGUUUCUGUUCGUUCUCUGGCUUCCUCUCGCGCCUUAGAUAGUGGUAUCUCCCGGGAUAAUAUCGUGGCUCUUGGAAACUGGGCUUCUUCGGAGACCUUUGUUCGUCAUUACCAACGUAACCAAAUGGCGCAAGUGGACUUCACCUCUACGGUUCUGUCUAGCCAGGAUGAAUUCUUUGAUGCAAAUGACUCCUUUGGUACUCUGGAUUAG